AUGACGGUCCCCGCGGAGUUCAACGAACAAGCAAAUGCAACACUGAGAGAAUGUGUCUACAACGCAAAUUUAAUUGAAUCUAAGAAUUCAGAAAAAUUACAGUUUUCCACAGAACCCGAAGCCGCCGCUAUUCAUUGCAUGAGCGUAUUAAAGGAACACUUCCUUACCGACGUAGGCACGAAUUUCUUAAUUGUGGAUUGUGGGGGAGGCACCGUUGAUUUGACUACACGGGAGUUAUUGCCUGAUUCGAGGUUGGGUGAAGUCACAGAGCGCACCGGUGAUUUCUGUGGCGCAAUAAGGUUAUUAGAAGAACAACAUUAUGGCCAAUUACAGUAUAUGGUACAGGAAUUCUGCUCGAAGGUGAAGUUACCGUUCACCGGUGUUAAAAGGGAAUUUAAGCUUUAUGAGUUAGAUCUUGAUGAGGUUUGCCCGAUCAUAAAGCAAUAUGUCAGCGGUACGGCCAAAUCAAAGUUGGAAAAGGAUGAAUGGGUGAUCGAUUUGGAUUUUGAGACAGUUAAAUCGUUCUUCGAUCCCGUCAUCGCAAAGAUCAUUAGACUCGUUUCUGCGCAACUUAAUAAUGGUAAAAGUUGCUCGGCAAUGUUUUUGGUAGGAGGAUUUAGUGAGUCGAAAUACUUACAAAGGAGAAUCCGAGAAGAAUUCAACGAACAAGUCAAAAAUAUCAAUGUACCAAAACAACCACAAGCUGCUAUUGUCAGAGGUGGGUUGGAGUAUGGCCUAAAUAUGAAGGUAAUCAAAACCAGAGUUCUCAAAUGGACCUAUGGCAUAGAAUUAUCACCGCAAUGGAAACCAGGUGAUCCACCGGAACGCAGGAUCGCGCACAACCGCAUUGACAUAUUCAGUAAACUUGUGUCCAGAGGCACGGUGGUGGACGUCGAUCAAGAAUUUGGUAAAGAUUUGUUCCCCAGUAUAGAAGAUCAAGUUGCGGCGUCAAUGAAAAUAUACAAGACGCCCGAGUCGGAUGGUAGAUACCCCGAUGAACCGGGAAUGGAGAAACUGGGAGAGCUGAUAUUGGAUUUCCCAGAUCCAUAUCUGGGUUUCAACAGGAAGUUGAGAUUUACCCUGACAUUUGGACAAAUGGAGAUUAGGGCGUAUUGUACGAAUCAAAAUGGAAAGAGUGUUAACGCAACUUUCGACUUGGAGUUAUAA